AUGGCACAACUAGAGAGAGAGCCAUUGCUAACAAGGCCUAAUACUGCAUCUGAUGGGCGCAAAAACACGCAGGAUAUGGAAUCUCAUUCUAUUCGCGGAGGCUCAUCGGGAAGCGGUAAAGUACCGAAAGUUGGCGCUCAGAGGACCUCCCGUACAGCACAAAAACUGAAGCUUCUACCCGAAGAACCUUUCAAUAGACAGGGAGACGAGCUUCUUGAUGCCACCGAUAGGGAUGUUUAUUCACAGGUGAACAGAAUUACAGACACUCCGGCCAGGAGAGACGCAGAAAAGUUGGGAAAGGGCCAAAGACACCUUCUUCCGAGAGUGACUGGUUACUGCACAUCUAGCUCAUAUAAUAUGAAAGAACUGAUAAGAUGGCUCAAAGAUUGCAAAAAGCUUCACCAUACGCAUCCCAAGUUAUUCGACGAGUGUCUGUUCACUCCUUUUAUUUACACAGACUGGAGAGGUGACAAAAGGUUUGCCGAUGAGGACGUAAUACGACUUGAUGACGAAGGCGGUGAGAUAAACGUAAGUGACAAACAGCCGGACCUCUUUAUAUUCGAGUACGGUGUUAUCGUAAUGUGGGGGUUCACUGAACGCGAAGAGAAAGCAUUUUUAAAUGACGUUGAGAAGUUUGAGAAAGAAAAGCUGGCUGAAGAAGACGUACAAAUCGAGGAGUUCAACUAUUAUAUUACUCAAAGCUACCAACCAAGAAUUUAUAAUGAUUUUAUCACCUUGAGGGAUGGGUCGAACUAUAUGAUAAAAUUAUCUAUAUCGCAUGCCAUUGCACAGAGCGUAAAAAUAUCACUCUUCGAAGAACUAGUCGACAAUACUAUUGAGGACACCCAAGAUAUUCCUCAGCAGAUUGCCUCCAGUGGUAAAGUAUCUAUGAGCAAAGAGGAUAUCAUGAAGAGUAUAGGAGAAUUAUUCAUUCUUCGUAUUAAUAUUAAUUUGCAUGGUUCGGUACUUGAUUCACCCGAGAUAAUGUGGUCUGAGCCUCAACUGGAGCCCAUAUAUUAUGCAACCAGGGGAUAUCUUGAGAUUAAUCAAAGGGUUGCAUUAGUUAACCAAAGGCUCGAAGUAAUAUCUGAUCUUUUGCAAAUGCUUAAAGAACAAUUAGGGCACUCGCAUGAAGAAUAUCUGGAGUUUAUCAUCAUCGUGUUGGUCGGAGUGGAAGUCCUCGUUUCUUUAAUCAAUAUUGUUGUUGACCUCUUGUCUGAUUCUAAGUGA